UGUGCAAUAAAGUCGUUGUUAUUCAAGUAUCCCAGGGUCAGGUUAGUAAGACACACAUUCCUCUCUUGUCAGACAGCGAGUCAGGACAGCCCCAGUGAGAGAGAUCAGCACCUAAAGCUCCCACCAUGACUCAUCAGUUUAUUGCACUCACUCCAGAACAAAAGGCAGAGCUCUCCAGCAUCGCCCAGAGGAUUGUUGCUCAGGGAAAGGGCAUUCUUGCAGCUGAUGAAUCUGUCGGUACAAUGGGCAAACGUCUGAAGAACAUCAAUGUAGAAAACACGGAAGAGAAUCGGAGGUUUUUUCGACAGGUGCUGUUCACCACAGACACCGACAUUGCCGACUGUAUCGGGGGGAUCAUAUUCUUCCAUGAGACCCUGUACCAGAAAAGUGACGAUGGGACCCCCUUCCCCCAGCUCGUCAAAGACCAGGGCAUCGUUGUGGGGAUCAAGGUGGACAAGGGGGUGGUUCCAUUGGCUGGGACUGAUGGAGAGACGGUAACACAAGGAUUGGACGGCCUGGCAGAGCGCUGUGCCCAGUACAAGAAGGAUGGCGCUGACUUUGCCAAGUGGAGGGGCGUGCUGCGGAUCACCGACAAAGCUCCCUCGUCGCUGGCCAUUAAGGAGAACGCUUGGGCACUGGCCCGUUAUGCCAGCAUCUGCCAGCAGCAAGGCCUGGUGCCCAUUGUGGAGCCGGAGAUUCUGACGGAUGGGAGUCAUGACCUCCAGCGCUGCCAGCAUGUGACUGAGAAGGUUCUUGCUGCCUGUUACAAGGCCCUGAAUGACCAUCAUGUUUACCUGGAGGGGACGCUGCUCAAACCCAACAUGGUGACAGCCGGACACUGCUGCACCAAGAAGUUCAGCCCUGAAGAGGUCGGCAUGGCAACUGUCACUGCCCUGCGUCGCACUGUCCCUGUGGCAGUGCCUGGUAUCUGCUUCCUGUCUGGGGGUCAAAGCGAGGAGGAAGCGUCUGUCAACCUCAACGCCAUCAACCUCUGCCCCCUCCCCAAGCCCUGGAAGCUGAGCUUCUCUUUCGGCCGGGCCCUGCAGGCUUCGGCCCUCGUAGCCUGGGCCGGGAAGGAGGACAACGCAGCGCUGGCACAAGAGGCUUAUGGGAAGAGAGCGAAGAUUAACGGCCUGGCUUCCAAGGGAGAGUAUUCUCCAUCCGGAGACACCAAUAGUGCUGCCAACUACUCGCUGUACACUGAGAACUAUACUUACUAAUGGACCAGAAGAAAACUCCUGCAGAUCCCUAUCAUCCCCACUUUCCCUGCCUGUGAUUACUGCCCCCUCCCCCUUCCCCCUCCAUUGUAGUUCACCUCCCCACCACCCCCAACCCUCGUUUUUUUUUAUUUCACGCCCUCAUCAGCGGAGGUAUGAUCGAUCCUCCUCCUCCUGACCCUGCACUACCUCACGCGUCUUGUGACUGGAAGGAAUAUCGAGAGGUUGGGAUGCCCUCCCUUCUCCCCCUGGCCCUGCCCCUCCCCCGGCUAUUUUUGAACUGUGAAUUAGGUUUUGGCCCCAACCUUGGUGACCUCUCCCUUCAUAUCUCUGCGUUGACAGGAAUCAGAUAAUUUCUGGAAUUCUAAAUGAGAAAUAACGC